AGACUUUACCCGGAAGUAUUUCCACGUUCGUGCGUUGAACGAAAAGCUACACAGAUAACCUCUUCUUGCUACAGACAGCCAAGAAUGAGUUUUAAUUAAUCUCUAAGUGUAUAAACUAUUUCUUGUCAAAAAUGUCGAUGUCCCAUCUUUACGGGCGGAGGGAAGAAGAGGAAGAAGGUGUGGAGAUCGAAAGCUUCGAGGUGACAGACUGGGAUCUGGCCAAUGAGUUUAACCCAGAACGCCGCAGGUUUAGGCAGACCAAGGAGCAGGCCACUUAUGGGAUCUGGGCUGACAAAGAUUCAGAUGAAGAUGAGAGACCCAGCUUUGGUGGCAAGAGGUCGAAAGAUUACAGCACCCCAGUGAAUUUUGUUAGUGCCGGUCUACGUAAAACUGCAGCCGAGGAGAAACAGCAAGACAAAGAAGAAGGUUCUGAUGAUUCGGAAGAGGAUGCCCCUGCAGUUCCCCCUCCUACUCGUGGAAUUGCACCUAGAAAACUUCAGAUGAGUAAUUUUCGUGGGAAUCAGUCCCAGAGGUUUGCUGGUGGAAUACAAUCUGGACAGGGUAUUGGAACCUGGGAGAAGCACACAAAAGGAAUUGGACAGAAGCUUCUGCAGAAAAUGGGUUACCAGCCUGGAAAGGGGCUUGGAAAAAAUGCUCAAGGUAUUGUAAACCCUAUUGAGGCAAAGGUCCGUAAAGGUAAAGGAGCUGUAGGUGCAUAUGGCAAUGAGAGAACCCAGCAGAGUCUGCAGGACUUCCCUGUGGUUGACUCUGAAGAAGAGGAGGAAAAGGAGUUUCAAAAAGAAUUGGGUCAGUGGCGAAAGGAUCCUGCGGGCUCCGCAGUCAAGAAGAAACCAAAAUACUCAUACAGAACUGCAGAUGAGCUGAGGGCUAAAGGCAAAAUGGUUUCUCGGAACAUGGCAGCAUCUGCAGGAGAGUUGGCGCAGGUUAAGGUUAUAGAUAUGACUGUAAGAGAGCCAAAGGUUUACUACAGUUACAGUCAGAUAGCCAACAAACACAGUGUUCCCGAUGAAACCCCACCAGCCAUGUCCACACGGGAUCAGAAGGGUUCCGGCUUCGCUCUCCCUGAGCUUGAGCAUAAUCUUCAGCUGCUGAUCGACCUCACAGAACAGGACAUUUUACAGUCGGCCAGACGUCUACAGCAUGAAAAGGACGUGGUCGUUUCUCUGAGUCAUGAGUCCCGUGCGUUGCAGAGCAGACUAGAAGCAGAGCAAGAUGCCAUCCAGAAAAUGGAGGCUGUUUUGGCACUGGUGGAGCGUUUUCCCUCUGGAGAGACGCCACCAGGGGAGGGACCGACUCUUCAGGAGUGUGCCCAGAUCUUUGAGACUUUACAAACAGAUUAUUAUGAAGAGUAUAAAAUGAUGGGAUUGGCAGACCUGGCUGUGGCAGUUGUUCAUCCUUUACUUAAGGAGAAACUUCACUCAUGGGAGCCUCUAAAGGACAGUGCAUACUGUCUGGAAGACAUUGGUCAGUGGAGAGCAAUCCUUGAAUCCAGGGAUCUUCGUUCCAGUGGCCCAGACUCCAACAUGGAUCCUUACCACAGACUUUUAUGGGAAGUGUGGAUCCCUGUGAUGCGUAUGUGUGUGUCCGGGUGGCAGCCCCGUAUGGUUGGACCGAUGGUGGACUGUGUGACGUUGUGGGCUCCUCUUCUGCCUCAGUGGAUCCUGGAUCACCUACUGGAACAGCUGAUCUUACCCCGCCUGCAGCGCGAGGUAGAUAACUGGAAUCCUUUAACUGACACGGUGCCCAUCCACUCCUGGAUUCACCCUUGGCUUCCUCUACUCCAGUCGCGCCUGGAGCCUCUCUACCCACCUAUCAGGAGCAAACUUGCCAACGCUCUGCAGCGCUGGCAUCCGAGUGAUGCCUCAGCGCGCCUCAUUCUUCAGCCAUGGAAGAACGUUUUUACAGCAGGUGCAUGGGAGGCCUUCAUGGUGAAAAACAUCAUCCCUAAACUAGCUUUAUGUCUGGAAGAGCUGGUCAUCAACCCGCACCAGCAGCAGAUGGAGCCGUUUCACUGGGUGAUGGACUGGGAGGGAAUGUUGUCUCCCUCCAGUCUUGUGUCCCUUUUUGACAAGAACUUUUUCCCAAAAUGGUUACAGGUUUUGUGUUCAUGGCUGAGCAAUAGUCCUAACUACGAGGAAAUCACAAAGUGGUAUCUCGGCUGGAAAGGCUUGUUUAGUGACAUUCUGUUGACUCAACCUCUCAUUAAAGAGAAAUUUAAUGAGGCUUUGGACAUCAUGAACCGUGCAGUGUCAUCAGGAAUGGGUGGAUAUAUGCAGCCUGGUGCAAGAGAGAACAUUGCCUAUCUCACACAGACGGAGAGACGGAAAGACUUCCAGUAUGAAGCCUUGCAAGAGCGCCGGGAUGCAGAAAGUGUUGCUCAAAGAGGCAUCGGUUCUGGUGUGCCAACUAACUUUAAGGAUCUAAUUCAGGCCAAAGCAGAGGAAAACAACAUUGUUUUCAUGCCCAUAGUGGCCAAACGGCACGAGGGGAAACAGCUCUACACAUUUGGCCGCAUUGUUAUUUACAUAGACAGAGGUGUUGUGUUUGUGCAGGGGGAAAAGACUUGGGUGCCAACAUCUUUGCAAAGUCUGAUAGAUAUGGCAAAAUAAAUGUACCUUAAAAGAUAUUUUGUUUUCAGGUGCUUUUAUUUUUGUCUUAAAAAAAAUAAACCAGUUCAUUUCAUGUAUCUUUAGAUGUAGUUUUUAAUGUGAUAUUUGUAAAUAAAUUAUUUCUGUUUAUA